GUCCGGCGCAGUGUUUGCAAACACCUUGAACGCCAGCGAGAGAAGAGAGGGGGAAACCGACGAGACGGACGGACGCUCGGCUGCUACACUGCUGCUCAAAACAAGCGCCUCUCUCCGCUUGCAUCGCAGGGGACCGCUCUUAUUCCUUCCUACUGGCUGUUUUUACUUAUUUAUUUUUUUCUACCUGACAGAAACACAUUUAACUUGCAGCUACAUAGCAUUUUUUUUUUUUUUUUUUUUUUUUUUACACACAAUCUCUGGAAAAAAUGGAUGUUUUACCCAUGUGCAGCAUCUUUCAAGAACUUCAAAUAGUUCACGACACGGGCUAUUUCUCAGCCUUACCGUCACUGGAGGAGUACUGGCAGCAGACAUGCUUGGAGUUGGAGCGCUAUCUGCAGAGUGAGCCCUACGUCUCCACGUCCGAGCUGAAGUUCGACAGCCAGGAAGACCUCUGGAGCAAGUUGAUCUUGGCCUGCGGGGACAAGGCCAAGGCCGAGUCCGACCCCAAGCUGCCCGCGGCCCACGAGGAGGACAAUCAGGACAGCCCAAUCUUGGACACCAACAGUGUGAAUUCAGACGCCAGCAGCGAGGCCUCGGACAGUUCCGAGGAGCUCUCGCCCACGCACAGCUUUACCUCCAACCCCCUGGGCUCAGUCCUGGUUGGCUCAGGACCUUUUAGUCCCUCCGUCAUAAGCACUCCCCCGUCCUCUCCGGAGGCCAACUCGGAGGCCGGCGGCGUGACCGGCAGCUGGGUCGCUGCCGAGCUGCACUUGCCGGUCAAAAUCCGGAACGGCGGGGCAGCCAAGGGAGCCGAAAAGACGGGACUAGUGUGCGGGGACGGGUCCUCGGACGGCAGGAGGCGAGUACACAGGUGUCAGUUCAACGGCUGUCGCAAGGUUUACACGAAGAGCUCCCACCUAAAAGCACACCAGCGCACUCAUACGGGUGAGAAACCGUACAGGUGUUCGUGGGAGGGCUGCGUGUGGCGUUUUGCACGAAGCGACGAGUUGACCAGACACUUCAGGAAGCACACCGGGGCAAAGCCAUUCAAAUGCAGUCACUGUGACAGAUGUUUCUCCAGGUCUGACCAUUUGGCCCUUCACAUGAAGAGGCACGUCUAGAGCGGGGCGAGCUCCGACCAACAGCGACGUGGGGGGAAAAGUUGUUGUAAAAGGAGAGAGAGAGAGAGAAGGAAAAACAAAAAAACGCCGUCUCCUGACCAGUCUCUUGGUUGAACUGUCCCAGAGCAGAGUGGCGGGGAGUGUGUUCCAGCCAAAGCAUGCCGUUUUGCACCAUACUGAAACCCAGUGCCUCCGGGACCUCUUCUUUGGAGAAAGGGCGCUCUGAAGGUUGUCUGUUGCGACAAAAAAAGGACAAAAUCACGGACGGAUGGGGGAUGGGGAAGGAAAUCUUUUUGCUUGAGGAGGACGUACAACUCACACACAUAAAAAAAACAUAAAAAAAAAUAAAUAAGAGUGAAUGAUUUGUAUGUCUGGUGCAUGAUGAUUUUUGGGUAGGGGGAGGGGGACGGGACAUUCCCGGACAGCAGAUACACUGGUACUUUACAAAAAACUGUCUGAGGUAAGCAUGUGUGCACUGUGAAUGUCUGAGAUUGGCUGACCGGCCCGCUCCCCCUCCC